GGCCCUUUCAUUCACACAAACAGCAUUUCAUUCACAUUUUGCUGUUUUUUGUCAGCUUCUAAUGAAGACCACGGUUUGGGCAUGAUAGGGAAUUUUCGCUUUAGAUCUGGGGGUGCUUUCCUAGCCAUGACAACCAUCUCUGGGGUGUGUGUUUGCUGUUGCUAUGCUAGAAAAGGGAAAGGGGGAAAAGGCGAGCCCUGCGGCUGCUCCGCUAAGUCUGCGGCCCUGGGAGGGCAGCCAUCGUUGCUCUGCACUCCUGUCCAAGCAGCUGGCCUGGCCGGCCACCCGGAGUAACAUGUGCUACACCCUGCUCCAUAAGGCUCUGCAUGUGUCACAUGUCUAGUCGUGGGUGUGAGAAGACUCAGGGACCUCACACCGUGCGAGAGGUAAAUGUAUUGCUUGCACCCAAGUAAUGGGGAAGCUUGGCCUGGGCACACCUGGAUGCCUUGCAGGCCACUUCCAUGCAAGCCUGGAAGAGCCCAAGCCAAAGGGGCUGCAGGAUCUGAGCCUGCUGUUUUAAGGACUACCUGCUACCGCCUGUGAGGAAGGGGUGUACCUUUCCCUUGCAACCCUAGUUUGACUCCUGAAGAAGAAGAAAACAUUGCUCUUCCUUCAGAUUUCAUGUGGAACCAGGACCACGUCAUUGAAUUUUUCCCCUUCCUUACUGCAAGGUUGAGGCAACCACGAAAGGGACAUUGAGAUGGUAUUUGUAGUGUCUGAGGCGUCUUUCCAGAGCUUGAACAUAUGCCCUUGGAUUAAAGCUUCAAGACAGCCCCUUUUUGGAAUGGCUUUCUGGAGCCUGUUGCCAUUCAGUGAAGAAACCUCUUUUGGAAGUAGGUAUUCAACUGAACUCUGGCUGAGAAUGACGGCUGUGAAUUAGCAAGGAGGACUCUGGAUUUGGCUCUGUGCAGAAGUUCAUAUGCAGAUUUUUUUUUCUCAAAAAGCUGCGUUGCCACAAAGACACUUGUCAUGGCUGCUGUGUUGAUCUAUAAAGAGAAAAAAAAGGAAAGAGAGAGAGAAAUCUAGGAAAUUGGCAUUUUAUGUUCAUCUUGAAGUAAAUAUUCUUCAUUUAGAGGGUGAAGGAAGCUAUUUAACAAUUCUUGCUUCUUUCCAAGUCAGAAUUCAAGAGGAUUUGAUGAAGAUCUUAGUCUGUUUUUUUUUUUUUAAAUCAUCCUUCGUCACAUUUUAUCUCCUCACUGGCAAAGGCUGUUGGACUCAGACAGCUGAGCUGAAGGGGGAGACAGGGCCUUCUCCCCCACCCCAGGCAGAAUAAUGGCUUUUUUUGAAAGAGCUUGUGCAUCUGAAAGAACUUGGGACUGAGUGAGGAGUUGAAAAAUCAAAGGUUGGAAGGAAAUAUUUGGGAAGGUAGAUAAGGGAAAAUUGAGAAUUGAUUGGCUCUAUGGUGCUGUCAGUGGGUGUAUGUGGUUUCUUUUUCUUUUCUUUUUCUUUCUUUUUUCUUGCUACAGGAAGUGAUUUGCAGUGCUCACCGAACCUUUGUUGAGAAGGGUCUCCUCUCCGAGUGAGUCACUCCCUUUUUAAAAAUUUUUCCGGUGAGCAGUCCCGAACAGCUGGGCGCGCUCAUCAGAGGAAACUAUGACUUCUGUACAGCUUAAGCGCAGCCCUGCGCAGCGAUCUCCCGGCCCGGGAGCGAGGGGCUGUGGCCAAGCGGGUCUUUAACCGAGGGCGGGCAGGUGCGGUUGUCCUCGGGCGGGCUGUCCUGGGCCUCCGCCCUCCGCCCCCGGACCCCAGGGUGGCCUGCUAUGCGCGGCAGCCAGUGCCGGGGUCGGCUCCAACAGCGCCCGGGCACAUGCGACGAGCCCACGGAGGGGCAUGCUUCCCCGCACCAAAUACAACCGCUUCAGGAAUGACUCGGUGACAUCGGUCGAUGACCUUCUGCACAACCUGUCCGUGAGCGGCGGCGGCGGCAAGGUCUCUGCCGCGCGCUCGGACCGGGCGGCGGCCCCCUACCUGGUGUCCCGGGAGGCGCUGUGCAAGGCGCCCGACGAUGGCCCGAGCAGCCUGGGCCACCUGCUCCAUAAGGUGUCCCACCUGAAACUCUCCAGUUCGGGCCUCCGUGGCCUGUCGUCGGCCGCCAGGGUCCGGGCGGGCGCGCGGCUCUCAGGGAGUUGCAGCGCCCCGAGUCUGGCCGCCCCGGACAGCUGCGCGCCCCGGGGCUCCUGCGGGCCGACCAUGUGCGCCGCCAGGAAGGGUUGGUAUGGCGAAGAGCCGCGCGCCCUGCACGCCAAGGAGCAGGUGCUGGGAGCUGGAGUCACCUACAUCGUCAAGUAUUUGGGAUGCAUUGAAGUUCUACGCUCCAUGAGGUCUCUAGAUUUCAGUACAAGAACACAAAUUACCAGAGAAUGUCUUCGCAGGGUGUGCGAAGGAGUACCCAGGAAUGAAGAUGCAAAAAAAAAAAAAAAGCCUCCCAGCAAAACGCUGUCCAGCAUCUUGGGAAAGAGCAACCUCCAGUUUGCAGGCAUGAGCAUCUCCCUGACCAUCUCCACUGCCAGCCUGAAUCUGCGCACGCCUGACUCCAAACAGAUUAUAGCCAAUCACCACAUGCAGUCCAUCUCCUUUGCCUCGGGAGGAGAUCCGGACACGACAGACUAUGUUGCCUAUGUAGCCAAGGACCCUGUGAAUCGCAGAGCUUGUCACAUUCUGGAAUGUUGUGAUGGUCUGGCCCAGGAUGUCAUCAGCUCCAUUGGACAAGCCUUUGAGCUACGGUUUAAACAAUACUUACAGUGUCCUUCCAAGGCUCCUGUUCUCCAUGACCGAAUGCAGAGUCUGGAUGAAGCAUGGACAGAAGACGAAGGGGAUACCUCAGACCGCCCUUACUACAACAGCAUUCCAAGCAAGACACCUCCUCCAGGGAGCUUUGUAGACAUUCGAGUGAAAGCCAGGCCCCAGGCCCCUGACGCAGCACAGUUUGCAGGAAAAGAGCAAACUUACUACCAGGGGAGACACUUAGGAGAAGCAUUUGGCGAAGACUGGCAGCAAACACCUUUUAGGCAAGGUUCCUUGGACAUCUACAGCAUGCCCGAAGGGAAAUCCAGCCUGACUAUUGGAGGAGAAGCCCCCACCUAUGUCAACACCCAGUGCUUUGCACCGCAGGCCCUGUUUUCCUCAAGCAGCAGCACAGAGAGCAGUCUGCGCAAAGACCUCUUUGACAUGAAACCUUUUGAAGAUGCACUCAAGAAUCAGUCUUUGGGACCCAUGCUGAGCAAGGCCGCCUCUGUGGAGUGCAUCAGCCCUGUCUCACCCAGAGCACCAGAUGCCACAAUGCUGGAGGAGCUGAAAGGGGAGCCUUGGUACCAAGGAGAGAUGAGCAGGAAGGAGGCAGAGGGCCUUCUGAAGAGAGAUGGAGACUUCCUGGUCAGGAAGAGCACCACCAACCCAGGCUCCUUCGUUCUAACAGGCAUGCACAAUGGUCAGGCCAAGCACCUGCUCCUUGUGGACCCAGAAGGCACGAUCCGGACAAAGGACAGGGUUUUCGACAGCAUCAGCCACCUGAUCAGACACCACCUGGAGAACAGCCUGCCCAUCGUGUCUGCUGGGAGCGAGCUCUGCCUCCAGCAGCCGGUGGAGAGGAGCACCUGACAGCACCCCAUUUUCACAUGGCAGCCACGGGCAGGACUCGGGUCUUCCAGUAGAUGGAGAGAGAAGCCCAGGAAGCGGGGCAACAGCCCACAGGUUGGAGCCCUGCUCCAAAGUCCAGGGUACAACUUGUGUAAAACGGAAGUUUCAUAAA